GUGGCAAUUACACGCUGAUUCUUUUCUACAAAUCACAAAGACAUUGGUACCCUUUAUCUAGUAUUUGGUGCCUGAGCCGGAAUAGUGGGGACCGCUUUAAGCCUCCUAAUUCGAGCCGAACUAAGUCAACCGGGCUCACUUCUAGGUGACGACCAAAUCUACAAUGUUAUUGUUACUGCUCACGCCUUUGUAAUAAUCUUCUUUAUAGUAAUACCAAUUCUUAUUGGUGGGUUCGGAAAUUGACUUGUACCUCUAAUAAUCGGAGCACCUGACAUGGCAUUUCCACGAAUAAAUAACAUAAGCUUCUGACUCUUACCCCCGUCAUUCCUACUCCUCCUAGCUUCUUCUGGAGUUGAGGCCGGGGCCGGAACGGGGUGAACUGUUUAUCCACCACUUGCAGGUAAUCUUGCCCAUGCAGGAGCCUCAGUAGACCUCACAAUUUUCUCUCUGCACUUAGCAGGUGUAUCAUCAAUUCUAGGGGCAGUUAAUUUUAUUACUACAAUUAUUAACAUAAAACCCCCAGCAAUCUCUCAAUAUCAAACGCCCCUCUUCGUGUGAGCCGUACUUGUAACUGCUGUGCUUCUGCUCCUAUCACUACCUGUUCUAGCUGCCGGAAUUACUAUACUUCUCACUGAUCGUAAUUUAAAUACUACAUUCUUUGACCCUGCAGGAGGAGGUGACCCUAUUUUAUACCAACACUUGUUCUGAUUCUUCGGCCAUCCAGAAGUCUAUAUUCUUAUUUUACCCGGAUUUGGAAUUAUUUCACAUGUCGUAGCCUACUAUGCAGGUAAAAAGGAACCAUUCGGCUACAUAGGAAUAGUUUGAGCUAUGAUGGCUAUCGGCCUUCUAGGAUUUAUUGUCUGAGCCCACCACAUGUUUACUGUCGGAAUAGACGUAGACACCCGUGCCUACUUUACAUCUGCUACAAUAAUUAUUGCCAUCCCAACCGGUGUUAAAGUAUUUAGCUGACUUGCUACACUUCACGGAGGUUCAAUCAAAUGAGAGACUCCCAUACUAUGAGCCCUGGGAUUUAUUUUCCUCUUUACAGUCGGAGGAUUAACAGGAAUUGUUCUCGCCAACUCAUCACUUGAUAUUGUCCUCCAUGACACAUAUUAUGUUGUUGCCCAUUUCCACUAUGUACUAUCAAUAGGGGCUGUGUUUGCCAUUAUAGCAGCAUUUGUACACUGAUUCCCACUAUUUUCAGGAUAUACCCUAAAUGAUACCUGAACAAAAAUUCACUUUGCUGUAAUAUUUAUUGGUGUUAACCUCACAUUCUUCCCACAACAUUUUCUAGGCUUAGCAGGGAUACCACGACGGUACUCUGAUUACCCAGAUGCCUACGCCCUAUGAAAUACAGUAUCAUCUAUUGGCUCACUCGUCUCACUAGUAGCGGUGAUUAUGUUCUUAUUCAUCCUAUGAGAAGCCUUUGCCGCUAAACGAGAAGUAUCCUCAGUAGAAUUAACUAUAACAAAUGUAGAAUGACUACACGGCUGCCCUCCCCCUUACCACACAUUUGAGGAACCAGCAUUUGUCCAAGUUCAAUCAAAUUAA